AUGUCCACCCCGUCCACGGCGACUGCAACGCAUCCUACCCACUCUCAGGCUUACGGAUACCCUCACCGUCCCCCUUACCAGCCGACCGCUUCGUACUCAUCAUCCACGACCACCGGCCCUCGCAUCGCGAAUCCCUACCCUUACUCGGUCCCGUCCCCGACAACAGCAACCGCCAAUCUCCCUUACAGCCAGACCCCAAGAAUUCAUCCUGCAGCACCGACGCCCUCUGCCAUGACCCAUCAGAGCGGAUCGAGCGCGGCUCCCUCGGUAGGCAGCCGCAGGAAGCAGCCCGACUGGACCGAGUUCUACAAGAACGGGAUCCCCAAGGAAGUCAUUGUGAUUGACGACAGCCCGGGACCGGAGGCUCCCAAUGGUGCUGCCGCGCCUCCUGCGCAUGCGUCCACUCGACCUGCUCCUGCGGGUCCUCAACCAGCCGGGAAGAAGCGGCGCACCGGGAUUGAAACCGCUUACGACCUAGGCCAUUAUGACCGACCGUCCUUCUCGAUCAAUCCUCAGCAAUACGGCGAAACCUCCUCCACCACUUCAUUAUCCACCGACCGAACUGCAUCUCUGCACACGACGGCCCCGACCUCGCUUGGGUCACAGGGCAGUGCUGGGGCGAGCAAUGGCGCAUACUACGACGAAGCCGCCAUCGGGCAGAAGCGGAAACGCGUGGCUACGCGGAAAUCUACCCGCGACGAGCAAAAACGACGAGAGCUGGAGACAACAGGCGCAUUCGAAAGUUACAUUCCGCCUCCGAAUCCGCCCAUCAAGGCAAAGGAUGUCCCCGUGCCUGUUGUUCGCGACCAAACUAGCUCCCUCAACAAGAAGUUUGACGACGAUGACGGUCAUUAUAUCGUCACACCUGAUACGGCGCUGACUGAUCGAUACUCUGUUGUCAAACUAUUGGGUCAAGGUACAUUCGGCAAGGUUGUCGAAGCCUAUGACAAGCAGCGAAAGUCUCGCUGUGCAGUAAAGAUCAUUCGGUCCAUUCAAAAGUACCGUGAUGCCUCUCGCAUCGAGCUGAGAGUCUUGUCAACUCUCGCAUCUAACGAUAAAAGCAACCGCAACAAAUGCAUCCAUCUCAGGGAUUGCUUCGACUUUAGAAACCAUAUUUGCAUCGUCACUGAUCUGCUGGGACAAAGCGUGUUUGAUUUCCUGAAAGGAAAUGGGUUUGUGCCAUUCCCAAGCAGUCAGAUUCAGCAAUUUGCCCGUCAGCUGUUCACCAGUGUUGCCUUCCUUCACGACCUAAACCUCAUCCACACUGACCUUAAACCCGAAAACAUCCUCCUUGUUAGCAAUGCCUACCAGACCUUCACAUACAAUCGCACCAUCCCCUCUUCCUCCCACGCCACAAAUCGCAAUGCCCGGCAACGCCGCGUGCUCCUCGACAGUGAAAUCCGACUAAUUGACUUCGGAUCUGCCACCUUUGACGACGAAUAUCACUCCUCUGUCGUCUCUACCCGCCACUACCGGGCACCUGAAAUCAUACUUAACCUCGGCUGGAGCUUCCCCUGCGACAUCUGGAGUAUAGGCUGUAUCCUGGUCGAAUUCUUCACUGGAGAUGCCCUUUUCCAGACGCACGACAACCUCGAACAUCUGGCGAUGAUGGAGUCUGUCAUUGGCUCGCGAAUUGACACCUCGCUGGUCAAGAAAGUUAUGGCGGGCAGCCGAAGCGGUGGUAGCAACUCAGCCUCCAAUAAAAUCGACUACCCUAACAAUGAAACCACCCGGGCCUCGCGCAAAUACGUGCGUGCCAUGAAAUCCCUGACCGAAUUCAUCCCCGUCAACACUCCAUUUAUGCGUUCAUUCCUUGAUCUGCUGCAAAGGAUCUUUGUCUACGACCCUAAGAAUCGGAUUACCGCUAAAGCGGCCUUGCAGCACCCCUGGUUCAAGGAGUCACUCGUCGACGACGGCACUGAGGCAUACAGGAUCGGCCAGGGACUCCAACGUCAAGCCCAGCGCUGA